AAAAGUUGCUGAUCGAUGCAAACAUGCGACCCCACAUGAUGAGUGAUGCCUGAGGUAUUUGCCCCUCAUUCCGUGCAGAAAUUACAUCACCGCCAAUGGGAGCUCGUUUCUGUUCCACAUCUUCGACCAGGGUACUGUCGAAGUCAAUCCAAGCAACCAACUUCUAUUCGAACUCAUCCCCAAACCUGUUCUCAUAAACUCGAUCUCGCAUAAUGUCUGCCAAAACAAUUAUUGUCACCGGUGCCUCGAGAGGCAUCGGUCUCGCGAUCGCCAAGUACCUCCUCACCUCCCCUCAAUCGCACAACGUCGUCGUGAUCGCUCGGAGUGUUGAGCCCCUCCAGAAGCUGAAGGAGCAAUACACCAAGCAGGUGGAGGUGCUCAAUGGCGAUCUUACCGAUCUGUCCAUCGGCCAGAAGGCCGUCGACCUAGCCCUCAAGUCCUUCGGCCGUUUGGAUGGAAUGGUUCUGAACCAUGGUGUGCUGGGACAAGUGGGCAAGAUUGCUCAAGCAGAUCCAGAGCAGUGGAAGCACGGAUUCGACGUAAACUUCAUCAGCUUUGUUGCCUUUGUCAAAGCUGCUCUUCCAGCACUUCGUGAGACGAAGGGCAAGCUUGUCUUCACAUCUUCCGGUGCUUCCGUGUCAGCUUACAGAGGAUGGGGUCUGUAUGGAGCAACCAAGGCAGCGAUGAACCAUCUUGCGCUUACCUUGGGCGAGGAAGAGCCUGACGUUACAACGAUCUCGAUUCGGCCCGGAAUGGUUGAUACCGAAAUGCAGCGCGAGCUGCGAGAAGACCAUGCUACAACGCUGGAACCCCAGGUCCACUCCAAGUUUACUACGGUUCACAAGGAUGGAAAACUCCUCAAGCCGGAACAGCCUGGCCAUGUCAUGGCCAAGUUGGUGCUUGAUGGCCCCAAGGACUUGUCGGGUAAAUUUCUAUCGUGGAAUGACAAGGCUCUCGAUGCCUUUCAGGCAUAAGUUACAACCUAUCAGCUUAAUAGACAGUUAGCAUAAACCGCCUUUUGAGAAAAUGAUACAUGUAGAACAGUAAAUUGGGGUAGUAAUCAGCCGAAAGAUGAAAAGCAGGUACAUUUUCAUAAGCAUUAGAUGCAGAGCACCUUCAUACUUAGCAUGGAAUGUGUAUUUGUUCAUCAUACAAAGUUGUAAAUACAAGAAAAAAGCUCGAAGCUUACCUUGUCAUAACAGGUUCGUCACAUUUUGAUCCGAUUGGGAAACCAUGAACAACUCCUAGAUUACUUCAUAACUGUUAGUGAAGGCCAUAACAUUUCUUCACGACAAAAAAGAUGAAUGGUAAUAAUUUUCAGUAGUCCGUUUGGCUUGGACAGUGUACGUCACCAUGAAAGGUAUGAUAGGGGCGACAACAUUGUUCAUCAUUGUAGUAGAAGGAAUGUAGCAAGGUAAAUAAACAUACCAUUUAUGUUAGUACUGCACACGGCUGCAGUUCGAAG